CUCCUCCGGUGCCAUCCACUGCCCACCAUGUCCUCACGCUCCGCAUCACCACAGCAUCGCCCGCGAAACUAUUCCGACGAGGAGGAGGAGGAGGAGGAUAGGCGUGAGCCUAGACGCGCUCGUCGAGGCACAUCCGAGGACGAGGAGGAUGACGAAGAGGACGAAGAGGAUGAUGAAGAGGAUGACGAGGAGGACGACGAAGAGGAGGAUGAGACGAGGACGCGUAGUGGUGCGGGACAUGAGAGGAGAAAGAAGAAAAAGAGACGCAAGGGAGGCAACAGAUUCUUGGACGACGAAGCAGAGGUGGACGAUGAUGAAGAGGAUAUGGACGAGGAUGAGGCUGAAUUGGCUCGCGAAGACGGCUUCAUCGAUCAAGAUGACGACGAGGAAGGCGACGAUGACCGCAGGAGGCAGACUGCAGCCGACAAUCAGAGGCUAGAUAGGGCCAGACGUCAGGCGGAGGAUCGCUCAGCCGAGGAGAUCGCUGCGGGCUUUAAUGAACGCUACAAGCAGUCCAGAUCGCAGAGGUCGGAUUACAGUCAAGUACCGCAGCGCAUGCUCAUGCCUUCCAGCAAGGAUCCUCCCUUGUGGUCCGUCAAGUGCAAGGCCGGACGCGAGCGCGAAAUUACAAUGACGAUGAUCCGCAAAGCUAUGUUGCGGGAAGCGCAAGGUCGACCUUUGGAUAUCCUGAGCACUUUUUACAAGGACAGCAUCCCGCAGCGCAUGUACGUCGAAGCUUGGAGCCAGGAGGCCGUUGUGGAAGCUUGCAAAGAGAUCGUCGGCGUGUACGCCAGAGCGCCAACUGCGCUGACGCAAGUGCCGGUAGAAGAGAUGGCCACCAUGCUCCGCAUCACCAAAGUGGUCAAGGAGCUCAAAGUCGGCAGCUGGGUGCGUUUCAAGAGGGGAAGGUAUACGGGAGACUUGGCGCAGGUCAUUGAAACGCUCGAGGGCGGCCUCGAAGUUGGCGUCAAGUUUGUUCCGCGCAUCGAUCUCUCCCCCGUCGAGAUGGGAGAGUUCAUCGACAGCAAAGGUCGCAAGCGCAAAAAGGGUUCGGCUGGAAGCACCAUGGUCAAGGAUAGACCGGCGGCCAAAUUUUUCAAUUACGACGAAAUCUCUCGCCUGGUGCCUGCCAGGGACAGACCCUUGCGUACAGGCUCAGCAUUCGUGUUCAGAGGCAAGACGUACAGGAGCGGCUACUGCGAAGAAGAUGUGAGAAUUUCUGCAUUCAUCACCGAGGACGUCAACCCAACACUGGAUGAAGUGACGCGAUUCCGAGGAGGCAGCGACGCUGCUGGGCUGGCCACGAACGCUGCCGAGCUUGAUCUGCUGGCAGAGGCCACCCGAGCCAAAGCGGAGCAGCUGCUUCGACGUGGCGAUCAUGUAGAAGUGUUCGAAGGAGAACAAGCGGGCCUGGAGGGAACCGUCGAAACGGUGCACGGCGAUGUCAUCACCAUCAAAGACACCACGGGCAAUCUCGACCAUCAGACCAUCGAGGUGCCGGUGAAAUAUGCCAGGAAACGCUUUCAGCCCGGUGAUCACAUCAAGGUCAUUGCGGGCAAGCAUACCGACGAGACUGGCCUGGUAGUCAAGGUGGAAGACAACGUCACUAUUUUCUUGUCGGAUCUGUCGCUAGAGGAAGUCAGCGUAUUCACCAAGGAUAUACACGAGGCCGCCGAAGUGGGGAGCGGCGUCACCAAUGUUGGAGGCUACAAUCUGCACGAUCUAGUGCAGCUCGAUGCGCAGACUGCGGGUGUCAUUUUCAAGAUCGAAAAGGGCGGCUUCUCUGUGCUGGAUCAAUUGGGCCAGACCAGGUCGCUACUCGCUCAUCAGAUCACCAUGAAGAGAGAUUCGGGAAGAGCUGUCGCGCUCGAUUCCGAGGGAAGUGAAUUCAGAGCAGGGGACACGAUGAAGGAGAUAGAUCAGGAUGAGCGCGAUGGGCAGGUCUUGCACGUCUAUCAAUCCAUGCUCAUCUGGCUAUUCAAUCGCGACUUGCGCGAAAACGGCGGAGUCUUCCUGUCUCGAGCAAGAAAGCUCCGUCCAAAGGCUCCACGUAGCUCGACCACCGGUCCAAAAUUGGAUCUAUCCAAGCAAAAUCCAGCUCUGUCCAUGGCAUCUCCCAAUACAGCUGGAGGUGGUGGUGGAGCCCUUUCGAGCUUUAGCAGGCCUGGCGGCAGGGACUUUUUGGCGGGCAAGACCGUUGCGAUCACCAAGGGCGCCUACAAGACCUACAGGGGAAUCAUCAAGGACACCAACGGACCGAUGGCUCGAGUCGAGCUUCAUACCAUGCCCAAAAUCCUGACUAUAGAAUUGACCUCGCUCAUCGAAAAAGAUCCGAUCACCGGCAAGAGCAAACCUCUCAGUGCGAGACCAGGCGCACCGAUAGGCCCACCUACUAUGGGCGCAGGUGCUUUUGGCGCUCGUCCGAACAGCAAUCCCUACAGCGCCUACGGAGCAGGCGCAGCAGCAGGCAGUCGGACGCCGGCCUACAACUCGGGCGGCAAAACGCCGGCAUACGGUGCAGGCAACAAGACGCCGGCCUACUCGUACGGAGAUGGUGGAAGGACGCCGGCUUACGGCUUUGGAGAUGGCGGGAGGACGCCGGCGUAUUUUGGUGGCGGCGGCGCCGAUGGCGGGCGGACUCCCGCAUACGGCGGUGCUGGAGGUCGUACGCCUGCAUACGGAGCGGGCAAUCGUACGCCGGCAUACGGAGGCUCGACGAGCAUCGGGCCGAUUGGCAGCGCAACGCCUAAUCCGUAUGCUGCUGCCAACACGCCUAGGGACACUGCUCCGACACCGGCAGCCUAUGGGGCCGCGUACCAAGGAGCACCCACUCCCGCUGCAUCUGCCCCGACGCCGGGACAGCCGCGAUCAGGACCCUACGCUGGCGCGCCUACCCCUGGGGCGACGCCCGGCAUGUACUCUGCCCAGACACCUGGAGGCGCUCCAAUGGCUGCGCCGACUCCCGGAGCUGGCAACUGGAGCGCGGCAUACGCACCCACGCCCGGGGCUGGCAUCUCGACAAUGCACUCUGGUGGUGCUGGACGAACGACUGCAACUGUGCAGGUCAAGCUGAUCCCAGACAUUCAAGUUAUCGUCACCUCUGGCCCGUAUGCAGGGUCGAACGGUGCGAUAUUGAGCAUAGACGAUGCAGCCCGAACGGCAGUGGUGUCGCUGGAGGAGGCUAGCAAGAGCAGAGAGACGUUUGGAUUGGAUGAGCUGAGGGCCAAGCAGCCUCGCAAUAGAGGUGCAAUGUGCUUUGCUCUGGCUAGUCCGAACGAGGGCACCAGGGUGACGGUGCAGAGCAUCGAUGGGGACGACGUCAUGGCUACGGCCCAUGCCACUGGCCAACAGAUUUUCGCGCCUACCAGUACAUUUGCUCUCGCUGCUUGAAGCGCGCCAACUUUGAAGUCGUCGAAGAAGAUUGCUUCGUGAUCCGGAGAAAUUGUAGAAGCGACGCUCGAAGUAUGUUCGAAUGCAAUCACCAAACGAAUUCAUGGUUGUG